AUUUCUAUUCAACAUUUUCGAAUAAUUUUUUUUCUCAUAAAAAUAAAGACAGAAAUUUAUAACAAUUGCAUAAUUUUGCUGUCAUCAACAAACAGAAUUAUUAGAACAACAACAAUGAAAUGAAAAAUUAUUUUAAAAUAAAAUAUUUGUGGCUUAUUCGCUAACUACAGUGUGUCAAGAAUGAAAAGAAAGUGAAAAAAUAGUUUUUCCGAAUUUUCGGAGUGAAAAUUUCUAAGAAAUAACAACAAAUUUAUUAGAAAACAAGUGUUCAAUAAAAUAUGGAAUAUUUACAGUGGAAAAAUCAGCAACCCAUUUUGAAUCCGUCCUACGUCCCAAUUGUAGUAACAAAAAAAUCGUUUACAAACUAAAAUCGAGGGAAGUAAAAAGACUGCAUUUUACAAAGCAUUUUCUGCAAGAAAAAAAAAACAAAAAAAAAACACUCAAACUCAAAUUUUGAGCAGAAAACAUGCAACAAAAAAUAUUUUCCAAGCUUUUCGAAUAAUCCAGAAGUGCUCACGAGCUUUUGCGCGCGUUAAACCACUUUACUGAGCGACACUCCUGAGUCGCUGAGCACUGGGUUCUUUAAGUUAAUUGAGUGCAUUCGGCAGCGGUAAAUCGUGGCACGCAACGGCAUUUAGUGACGAAAAAGACAAAUCGCUAUAACGAUUUUGCAUUUUUAUACGUAUUACCAUUAAAAAUUAAGAAGAUCGAUCUUUAUAUGUAAAGUGAAAGACUGACAAUUAAAAAAAAAAUACUUUAACAGUAAAGUGCAUUUCAUAGACAGAAUACAAGUGCAAUUCUCACAUUAAGCAUAUAUAGUUAUUAAACGUAAAUAUUAAGCGCUAAAAGUGGAAAAAUAAUAUUAUUGCAUAUAAACUGAAAUAAAUAAUAAUAAAAACUCGCUUUAAAACGAAUCAUUCGUGAGCAUUACUAAAAAUGAGAACUUAACGGUAAAUAAAAGUAACGCAACAGCGAAAAAGAGAGACACAUUUUAAAGUGAGUGUGUACUGAAAGAAGCGAAAGCUCAAUAUGAGUGCUGUUGAACUAACAGCAAGUUAUAAGCGAGUGUGAGAGUGAGACGGAGAGUGUGUGUGCAUUGAAAGGAAAGCGAAAGUGCAACAGAGAGAACAAUAUCGAUAAAGUAUAUAAAUCAAGCAAAAUUGAAGACAAAUAAUGGAUAAAAUGUAGUUAAUAAUAACUGCUAGAGUUUUCGAAAAAGUGAGGUGUUAAAAGAAAUUAAAAAAAAAUUAAAGACUGAAUAAAAAAUAAAUGAACUGUGUUUGAGAAGGGAUACAUUUAUUGAAGUCUUGUUCUAAAAUUUGUUGAGUAUUUUGAGUGCAAACAUGUGUUUGAAGCAAAUGUAUAGUUAAAUAAAUCAGAGACUGAGACCAAAAACUGCCUUAAGCAUAUAUUGUUGCCGCUUGAAGUGUACUAAAAAAAUAAAAAUAACAAAAGAAAACUUUAUAAGCACAUUUUAUAAAAUCUGAAAUUUUGAAAAAAAAAUCUCUCAAACAAUUUCGAAACCCACUUAAAUACAAAUCACGCAAAAUGUUCUCCACAUUGCUGUGUUAUCCCACUUAAAAAUGUCGCCGCAAACGUCAAACAACACUUAGCAACAUGUUGCGCAACAUUUUCUUCGAACAAAUUCAACGCAUUUAAACAAACAUAAAGUUUAACAAAAGCAACAAAACACACAACCAACUCCAAUGAAUGCCAAUCAAUUGGCGUCGGAAGUGGCAGCGAGAACAGCGAUCACAACUGGCAACACUAACAACAACAAUAGCAAGAGCAGCAGCACUAAUGAUAACAGCAACAUAGAUGUUGCAGACGAAUCCAUGAAUCUAAGUGUUUUGGGUGGGAAACAUGAAAAAAUCGCGAAACAAUUGAAAAGUGUCGCGGCUGGUAAAACGGAUGUAAAUGAUGAGGGCAGCAAUUGUGGCGCUGUUGGUGGCAACAACAACAACAACGGCAAAAGUGGCAAUUAUGAGCCGAAGCAGAAUGGACAAUGUAGGGUUAGUGAUGAGCGCGUAGAUGGUAGGGAGACGCCAAUAAAUAGCUGGACGCAGCAGCCACCUAAACAACAACAGCAGCAACAUCAUCGCGUAAAUGGCGAAAAGUCGGGACAUAACAGCAGCAGCAGCAGCAGCAACAGCAGCAGCGGUGGAAAUGUUGGUGGCAGCGUCAGCAAGCGUGAAAGUGACGCAGAUUCGCCUGCAGCGCGCAAACAACGCCACGAGGAGAACGCGGAGGACACGGAUGAGGCGGCGCAUGAAAACGCCAGAGAACGCGCUACGUCCAACAAUGAUGAGGACGAUUUUGAACGUCUACACACCGCGACCAUCAUAAAAACGCCACUCAAUAAGACGCUGUUGAAGCGCUGCAGCAGCUACAGCGCGCUAAGUUGCGGUAGCAGCAGCGGAAAUGGAAGUGGUAGCAAUGGCAAAGGACCGGGUUAUGGAAGCGGCAAUGUCGCCACUGCAAGUCCAUAUGACACAGCGUCAUGUUGCGCUGCCAGCAGCGAAUCUGCGCUCAACUGCAGCGACAGGGAGGAGCACGAGCUGGAAAAGCAGCACUUAUCGCCGCAUGGAAUGGCCGAGCAGCCGUCGUUUAAUGGCGGCGAUGAGGGAGGCUCACCGCCGCAUACCUCCGCGACAUCGGCGUGCGGGUUCUUGCAUAAAAUGCCAACAACCAUAACGCCGACAACAACAACUGCAGCAGACAGUGGCGUCGGCGAUAGCAAUGCGGGGAAAUGUAGCAAAUGCAACAACAACAAUAAUAUACAUUACAACAAUUACAAUUGUUACUAUCGCAAAAAGUCGCGCAUGCCGAUUUGCCGAAUUAUGACACUGAGCCGUGGCCCGUACAGCGAGCUCGAUAAAAUGAGCCUUUUUCAGGAUCUAAAACUGAAACGACGAAAACUCGAUUCAAGAUGCAGCAGUGAUGGCGAAUCAGUAGCCGAUACCUCCACCUCCUCGCCCGAUCUACUAGCACCGAUGUCGCCGAAAAUGUGCGAUACCGGCGGUGCAGGCGCUGGCGGUGGUGGUGGUCAUGGAGGUGGCGUCGGCGGUGCGCUUUCCUCCCUACCGUUGCCCACCGCCGUCGUCACCUUGACGGCAACAUCUACCAUUGCGCCCGUCUCUGUUGCCGCAGCUGGCACUGUCUGCUCGAGCAGCAGUGCGCCAACUGUCCCCAGCAGCAACUCCGGUCACAAUGUGUGCACAGCAACACCACCAAAUGCCACCACUACGGUGGUUGUGUCCGCUGGCAAAGCGGCAGCCAUAAAAGCUGAACAGAAACACCAACAACAGACUGAAAUUCACUCGUCCAGCGGCACUGUGAGCGCAGCAGCCGCCUCGUCUGUGAUGUCACCGCCGCCAACAACAACAGUGCGCAUGUCACCAGCGCCCGCGACUGAUCUGAGCCUACCGGCAGGGCGUCGUACACCCAGCAAUGCGACGCCAACACGCGCUACACCUACACCACCGCAUAAUAAUGGCAAUGCGAGCAGUAGUUGCGGCACCAGUAAUGGUGGUGGCAGCAGUCGCGCCUCACCGGACUCGAUGGAUGAGCGUCCGUCUACAACGACCACAACCACAACGGGUGGCACACAGAUGUCCACAAAUGGUAUACACAGCAGCGCUGGUGGUGACUGUAUACAAAAUACUGCAAGCUCCGAGUGUGGCGUUAGCAAUUUAAGUGUCAUACGCUCUGUGAAGGAGGAGCGCAUCGCCGCCUCGCCUACGAAAAUGCUCUCCUAUCACCAACAUCAACAGCAAAUGCAGUAUCAGCAGCACGAACAGUCCGCGCCAUCUCCAACGCAAUCCAAAGGUCACACGCAGUCGCAGCAGCAUGUUAGCGUGCUGGUGACGCCAUCACGCAUUAAGUCUGAGCUAUCACCACAACAGCAACAGCAUGCGCAGCAAAUGCCGCCAACAUCGCUGCAACAUCUUGCGCACCACCCGGCUUACUCAACGUCUGUAUCGAGUGCGACCAGUUCAGCGACAUCGACAUCCGGCGCGGUGACUACCACAACUAGCUCCAGUGCCGCAGCAUUGCACGCAAGUUCGCCAUCGCCGACAUCAUUGCCAACAUCGGCGGCAGCGGCAGCAGCAGCGGUGGCCGCCGCAGCGGCACAUCAUCCACACCUGCAUCACCCGCCACCGCCCAUCGUGCAGACGCAUCACCUACAUCAACAGCUCACACAACCGCAGUUGCGUAAGAGCAGUCCGCCAACUGGUCUGGGACUGCCGCAGCAGCAUUUACUCAACCAAUCCAUGCAGCAUUUGACACAACAGCAGCAAUUGCAGCUGUUACAACAGGCGGCCGCCAUGUCACAGCGCCCGACGCAGAUGUCGCCGAAUGCCAUUAGCUCAUCGCCAGGCGCGCGGCAUCAGUCGAGCGCUUCAUCGCCACAUCAACAUUUGUUACAGCAGCAUCAUCAUCACCAGCAACAGCAACAACAACAGCAACAGCAACAGCAUUUACGCAUUAAAAAAGAGCCAGCGCAACUGUUAGCCGCCGCCGCGGGCAGUUUAUUGGGCAACAGCGGUGGUGCGCAACGUCAUUUACACUCGCCACAUCACCAUCACCCAUCAUCGCCACAACAGCAACAACAACAGCCGCCACCACAGUUGCCGCCACAAGCGCUAGGUAAUAUUGCACAGCUGAUACAUCCCGCUUCGCUGCAGUUACGCCAUCCCAACCGCGAAGCGGCCAUACUUUUUCAUGUGAAGAACGAAGUGCAUCAGAAAGUGGCCGCCGCGCAGCUUAUGCAACCCGGCGCUGCUGCUGCCGCAGCCGCUGCGGCACAACGCAUGGUCUGGGUCUCGAAUGCGCGCAUAAACGGCGUUAAACCGGAGGUUAUCGGCGGUCCACUGGGCGGUUUACGUCCGGGUGGACCAGCGCAAUCGCCGUCGCCGCAUCACUCUUCAUCCUCCUCGUCUUCACAGCUGUCGCCGCAAACGCCUUCACAAACACCGCCACGCGGUACACCCACAGUUAUCAUGGGCGAAAGUUGUGGGGUGCGCACCAUGGUGUGGGGAUACGAGCCCGCGGCACCAACAGCCGGUCCAUCGCCUACACAUGGCGGCAACAGCAAUAGUGGUAGUGGUGGUCUGCAUCAGACGCCACCCUCAACGCCACAACAUCCACACGGACAGCAGCAACAUCAGCAACCGCCCUCCUCUAUGUCAUCGCUCUCACAACAGUCACAUCACUCAUCACAGUCAUCACUGCAGUCGGCCUCCUCACCAUCGGCGGGCUCCAUAACGCCAACGCAUACGCCCGGACCGUCGCCGCAAAAUAAUGAGGAGGCCGCGCAACUAUUGCUUUCACUGGGUCAGACGCGCAUACAGGAUGUGCGCCCGCGACCGCACCAGUUUCGUACGCCACAUGCGCUCAAUAUGGAGCGACUGUGGGCGGGCGAUUACUCGCAGUUGCCACCCGGCCAGAUACACGCGCUCAACUUGAGCGCGCAACAGCAGUGGGGUAGCACGAAUGCGACGGGCAUGAAUCGCGGCUUAGAUGUGCCGCACGAGCCUACGGACGAGGAUGAUCAGCCGCUGGUCUGUAUGAUCUGUGAGGACAAGGCGACCGGCUUGCAUUAUGGCAUCAUCACGUGUGAAGGUUGCAAGGGCUUCUUUAAGCGCACCGUGCAGAACAGACGCGUCUAUACCUGCGUAGCCGAUGGCACGUGCGAAAUAACCAAAGCGCAGCGCAACCGGUGUCAGUAUUGUCGAUUUAAGAAGUGCAUCGAACAGGGCAUGGUGUUGCAAGCCGUGCGCGAGGAUCGCAUGCCGGGCGGACGCAAUAGCGGCGCCGUCUACAACCUCUACAAGGUCAAGUAUAAGAAACACAAAAAGUCCAAGCAGCAACAACAGCAACAACAACAGCAGCAAUCACAGCAACAGCAUAUGCAUUCACCACACCAUCAAUCGCCGCUCUCACCACAUCAUCAACAGCAUCUGCUCUCGCCGCAACAGCAUCUGCAUCAGCAUCAGCAACAGUUGGCUGCAGCCGCCGCAGUCGCUGCCGCCGCGCAGCAUCAACACUCGAAGCUUAUGAGCGCCACGCUGGGACAGGGUGAGUUGAAGCCAAUGUUCUUGGGUCCAUCCAUCAAGCAGGAGCACCUACAACAGCAGCAGCAGCAACAGCAGGCUGCCCAACUCCAUUCGCCACAUCAGCAGCAGCUGCAUUCGCCACACCACACGUUGCACGGCUCGCCACAUGGCGCGUUACCGCCGCACUCAGCGGCCAGCGCGCUGCACAGCCCGCUUUCUCAUGGACCACCCUCUCUACCGCCACACACCUCCUCUUCAUCCUCAUCCUCGUCGUCGGCUUCAUCGGGAGGCAGCAACAGCAGCUCACAGCAACAAUCACACCAUGCGCUGCACUCGCCACAUCAUGCUCUAGCGCAUGCGCAUCAUCUGCAAGCGAACGCGUCACAUGCGCCGCCGCACUCACAACAGUUGCAUCAGCAACAACAGCAGCAGCAUGUGCAGGCGACGCAGCUACAGGAGACUGCCAUCAAAUUGCCCUCGCAUUUGGUUAACGGUACAAUACUUAAGACUGCCCUAACGAAUCCCAGCGAAAUCGUGCAUUUACGACAUCGGCUCGAUUCCGCCGUGAGCUCGUCAAAGGAUCGCCAGAUCUCGUAUGAGCAUGCGCUCUCCAUGAUCCAAACGCUGAUCGACUGUGAUGCCAUGGAAGAUAUCGCCACAUUGCCACAUUUCUCCGAAUUUCUCGAGGAUAAAUCGGAGAUUAGCGAAAAAUUAUGCAAUAUCGGUGACUCCAUCGUACAUAAGCUGGUAUCGUGGACGAAGAAAUUGCCUUUCUACUUGGAGAUACCCGUUGAGAUACACACCAAAUUGCUGACGGAUAAAUGGCAUGAGAUACUCAUACUCACCACAGCGGCGUACCAGGCGUUGCACGGCAAGCGCACGACACCCAGCACAACGACGCCCGGUGGCGGUGGGUCAACCACAGCGCAUGCUUCUUCCACCACCAGCUCGAGCGGUGGUCGGUCUAGCGUAGGUGCGACACCACAUUCGCCCGCCUCAGCCAAUCAUCAUCACAAUCACCAUCACACGCAUCAUAUGAGCGGCUCACCGCAUGCCACGAGCAGUAGUCUGAAUUUGCCACACCAGCUGCAUCAUCAUCAUCAAAUGCAGACUACAACGCCACCGCUACAGAAGGAGGAUCCCGAAUUUGUGGAUGAGGUGAAUGCUCAUCUGCUGACGCUGCAAACGUGCCUCACCACACUGAUGGGUCAGCCCAUUGCUAUGGAACAGCUUAAGUUGGACGUCGGUCAUAUGGUGGAUAAAAUGACACAGAUCACCAUCAUGUUUCGGCGUAUUAAACUCAAAAUGGAGGAAUAUGUGUGUUUGAAAGUGUACAUUUUGUUGAAUAAAGCAGAAGUGGAAUUGGAGAGCAUACAGGAGCGUUAUGUGCAGGUAUUACGCACGUAUUUACAACACUCUUCACCGCAGAAUCCACAAGCCCGUCUCACGGAACUGUUGUCGCACAUACCAGAGAUUCAAGCUGCUGCUAGUCUAUUGCUCGAAAGUAAGAUGUUCUACGUUCCCUUCGUUUUGAAUUCGGCCAGCAUAAGGUAGCAAAUGCUUGAACGUGGACUACUGCCGAUCGAUGAUGAUCCGCCUAAACCGAAGCGAUUGAUGAUUAUACAACAACAACAGCAACAAGAACGAGAACAGCAGAAUGAAGAUGAGCAAGGAGAGCCAAAAGUAGAACAACAACAACAUUCGAGUAAUUUAAUGAAAGCGCGUAGACGUGCUGCAACCGAAAUGGCUGAGCGCCAGCAAAGACAGCAAGAGGAUUUACAAAAGCAACAACGAGAGCAAAACCAAAAGUCAGCAACGGAACAGCAACAACAACAACAACCAGCAAGAUUUUGCCUACCCAUGUUGGAGUUACCCAGAAUCAAAGUGGAGAACAACGUGCAACAGCAACCGAGCUACUCAAUGGAUGAGGACGAAGCCGAUACGGAUGGGGAAGAAGAGGAGUUACGCAAUAUGGAACAAAGGCAACAACAACAACGACAGCAGAAGCAAAGCGCCAACGAGUUUACACCUAUGAAAUCACCAACAAUAACGCAUUUGAUGGAGCCAACCACAUCGAUACUGAAGACCUCAUUGCUGGCAGGCGCGGCCGCAACACUGGCAACGCUGACGGCAGCCGCUGAGCAGGUAAAUCGUAAGGCGCAAUCGCCGCAAUCGCAUGGUGGUAGAGUGAGCGCGCGGGCAUUGACUGGACGGCAAACGCCGGUGGCGGAUAAUAGUCUGACAGAGAGUAAAAGACUGCAAGCACAACAGCAACCACAAAUACAACAACAACAAGUACAGCAACAACAGCAAGAGCCCAAACCCACAAUGCCUUAUAAGUCCAUAUUGCAAACGGCGCUUAUGGGUGAGCGGCCGCCACAGUCACAAACGCCACCGACGCCGCUGCCGCCGAAAUUUAUGCGCGCAUCAGGCAUACAAACCGCUCCGCCACCGCAUGUUUUGAAAACCGCAGUUACGCUAGCAAGUCUCAGUGAAAUUGCGGCAGCGCGUCAGCAGCAGGAGGAGGAAGAGCGCCGUUUGCGCGAGCAACAACAGCAAAAGCAUUUAUUGUUACAACAAACACUGCCAUUGAAGAAGAAGAAGAGUUUUCUGCAACAAAAGCUAACUGCAACAUGCAGCAUGUUGACGACAGCGGCUACGUUACUGCAACAACAACAACAGCAGCAGCACCCGAAUACAAUCACUAUACUGCCAGUGGAAGCCAGCAACAACAACCACACUGCCAAUUCAGCCGCAAAUGCCGCUGCAACCACAACAAAGUUCGUAUUAAAUAAUAUAAGCGCGGGCGCGAGUGGCGCUAGCGUAUUGCGUUGCACUUCAACAGCAACAGCCACAACAACAGCGACGACUACACGCUCCACUGCCACUUUUGUAAACAACAUGCGACGAAGCGCAUGCGCCACAGAUACCGCAAGCAAGAACAAUAAUACGAAAAAUGCUGCCAACAGCUGUCAAGCGAUCGCCACACAAACCAUAAAAAUACCAACAGUGCGCACAGCGACGGUGACGACGCAAACGCAAACCGACGAAAUGCAUGCCGCCACUGCUGCAACAGCAACAACAAGCGGUGCACAGACAACGUUGCACGCAUUAACGGCAAGCAGCCAUGUAAUCACGCGCAAGCUAAGCUCUGCUCUACAACAACAACAACAAGCAAUGACAAGCGCGCCAGCAACAACAUUGCUCUCACUGCCGCCGCAAGCGUCGAUUGCGACGCGCCGCGUCUCGCCACAACGCCAAACCACAUUAGUUACUGCCAACACAACGAAUGCGCACACGAUUAGUGCCGCUCCGCCCACAACUACUGCCACAGUCACUGCCACCGCUGCCCCGCCCUCCACAGCUGUUACUGUUGUUGUUUUUAAAACAUUGUUACCUGAUGACUGAAUUAAUUAACUUUUUUUAAUUAUUAGCAAAGCAAAAGAGAAACAGCUUUUUAUUUGCAGAAAGCUCACCACAUACGAAGUAAGAUUUUUCAUUCGUAAUAUCGCGUUAACCAUUUUGUUUACGAAAAUUAUAGAUAAUUGUCAUAUAUGUUGUAGCGUUUAAGCAUCACCACAGCUCCUAUUGAAAGUCCUUCUCUAAUGCAUGCACAUUAGUAAUGAAAGCUUAAAGAAUCCAUAUACCUAUUAUUUGAUGUAUUUAGGGGAUUUGCAAUUGGGUUUGGAGCGAAAUUUCGUUUGCACUAUUAUUGGAACUGCAAAACUCUCUCUCAUGGAAAGAAAAUGUGUCUCAUAAUAGCAUUGAGAAAGCUUUGCGAUAUAGAUGAAAGUUUCAAGUGAAAGCAGCAAAGUAGUUUAACCGAAGCUUUCUUAGUUUUUGUAUGUAUCUGAAAUUAUUAUUAAAUUCAUGCCGGCAGUUUUUUUAACAUAUUUAAAAUAAAUUUUGAAAUAGAAAGUUUCAAAAUAUUGCAUGAAAGCUGCACAAAAAUCUUUUCAAAGUCUCUUGCAACAAAAUUAAAAAAAAAAUUAAUUUUUGACUUUUUUUCUUUUUCUUUUGAAAAGUUAGUUUUUGAAAUUUUAUAUACAGCUGUUCUCAAAGCUUUUUAAGGUAAAAAUUACUUUCAAAUUGAGAGAGAGAUUAUAGAGAGCUUUUGGAGUUUGUUUUAAAAUUUUUUUUUAGUUUUAUAAUUUUUUAUGUUUUUUAUUUUAAAAAUUAAUUUUAUUAAAAAAAAUAUAUUUAUUAAAAUAAAAAAUUCUUUUGAGUGUUUAUAAUUACAUUUAUUAUUUUGUUUGUUAAGUUUAAAUUUAUUUUUAUUUUAUUUUAAUUAUUAAAAAACAAGUUAUUUGGAGAUAUUUUAUUUAUUAAUGUAGGUAUUUCCAAUUUUUUUUUAAUUAUUUAAAUAUUAAUUUUUUUAAUAUUUUAAUUUUUUAAUAAUUGUUUUAAACCUUUUUUUUAAUAUUUUUAUUUAUUUUAUGUUAUUGAAAAAAUUAAUUUGAGUUUCUUUUAAUUUCUUUAAUUAUUUUAAACCGUCAUCAUUAUUAUUUUCUGAAACUUUUUUAAUUUUUAUUAUUUUUAUUAUAUAUUAUAAUUUUUUUAUUUAUAUUUUUUAAUAUAUAUUUAUUAAUUAUUUUUUAUAUUAUUUUAUAUAUUUAUUUUUAUUUAAUUUCUAUAAUUUAAUAGAAUAUAUUAUUUUUUUCGAAAAAUUUUAAUUAUUUUCCCUUUAAUGCACCAUUAAUAUUUUUUUUUUGUAAUAUUGCAAACUAAUUUAUGCUCCAGACUCUAAAAAUUAUAAUUUAUAAAUUUUUAUUUUUCGGAACGAAAGAAAAUCUUAUAGACAUAAAAUUGAGUUUUUGCUUCUGGUUAAGUCAAAAUAAAAUAUUUUCCUCAUUUUGAAAUACAAAAAACAAUUACAAAUCUGCUUGCUGGCUCACAUAAACAGCUGGAAAUUGCGCAAAACUUUGACUUUUAGUAUAUUCUAAUGCUUUUUUUACAAAAAAAAAAAAUAGCAAUUUAUGGACUUUUCAGUGUAAUUAUUUUUAAAAAUAAUAUUUAAGCAUAAAACAAAUAAAACCGCAAAGUCGUGGCAAACUACCACACAGGCUUUGCGGUGAAGGACAGAUGGACUUUUUAAAUGUUAAUAAGAAAAUAGUGUGUAAUUUUUAUACUAAAUAUAUACAUAAAUGCAUAUGUAAAUGCCAAGAGUAUCGGUGGAAAAAGUGGAAAAAAAAUAAAAACAAAAUUUUGGAAAAUAUUUUAAAUUUUCAGAAAAAAGCUUUUUUUCACUUUUUGUAGGAAGAAAUAAAAUAAAUAUAACAGUAAAUUAUGUCUAUUUAGCAUAGAAAAUAGUUGCUAAGUAAAACAAUGUUAAUUAAUGUAGUAAAAGUAUAAUUAAGAAAAGCAGUUGCAUAAGCGGAGUUAAAAUUAUAAUGAAGAAAAAAAAUUCAUUUUUAGUGACUUGCAAUUAUUAUAAUUUAAUAAAAACUAGCAGAACGCAUAAAAAAUGUACUUGUGUUAGUUUUUAAAUAUGUGAAAGUGAAAAAAAUUGAUUAUGUGCAGAAAAUUGUUAGUGUUAAAAAUGAUAAAUUUAAGAACAAUUAAGGAAAAAUUAAAAUAAUUAUUAAGAAAAAAUUAAUUAAAUUUGUAAUUAAAUUUUAAGAAAAAAUUAAAAUAAUUUUAAGAAAAAAAUAAUUUACUUUUAAGUAAGAAAAUUUAUGCAAAAAAAUACUAUAAAAUAUAAUGUUCAACAAAAAUUAUGUGAAUUCAAAUAAAAAUAAAUAAUAAGUUUAAAAUUUUUUUAUAAAAAAAUGUUGAAAUUUUUGUUAAAAAAAUAUAUGAAAAAAAAAUCUGAUUUACAUAAAAAAUUAUAAAUAACAAUUGUAAAUGUAAUAUUUGUUUUAAAAAUAAAUUAUGUAUUAAAAAAAAUUGAUUUAUGUAAAAAAAUAAACGUUUAAAAAGCACUUAGCGCCCAAAUGUAUGCAAUUAAAUGCUGUACACUGUCAUUUGUUAUUUGUAUGUACGUUAGGUGAGAAAGUAAAUGGAAAAUUAUUAGCCAGUAAGCAUUGCAAGCAUAUAUAAAUACCAUACAUGCAUAUUUAAAAGCAAAUAAAUAAUUAAGCAAAAAACGUUGUAUUUGUAACCUAAGCAUUUGUACAAUACUACUUGAGCGUUUCUUUUCACUAAGCGUUUGUCGUUGUUUCGUUUUUUUUUUUUUGGUUUUUGUUUUUUGUUUAUUGGAGAGCGAAAGUGCAGAGCCGUAAGCUAGAACCAGCUAAACCACGCCCACAUGCCUAAAUGUAUGCAUACACAAGCCGUUAUAUAUGUUUGUACAUAAAUGUAUGUAUAUAAGUAACUGCAUAUAUGUACAUAGAGUAAGUGUAUGUAUGCUGGCAUAUACAUUUAAUUAUAAUAUUACAUAUGUAUGUAUGUAGUUGUUGUUGUGUGUGUAUGCCAAUUGUAAUUAUAUAUACAUAGCAAUGUAAUUCAUCUGAUAAAUUUAGUGUGUUAAGCGUGUUUCUUUCCUAUUUACUAAAUGCACACACACACAUGCAUACACAUUAUACACCAAUAUGCAUCUAUAGCAUUUAGUGUAAAGAAUAAACUAUACAAACAUACAUAAAGCGCAUAUAAUAUUAAGUAAAUGCCUACAAACACACACACACACACACAUACAAAAAGAAAAUGAAUUAAUUAAUAAUUGCAUAAACAUACAUACAUACAUACAUGUAAGCGCAUAUUUACAUAAACAUAAGCGUGCAUAUAUAGAUAUUAACAUAUGUAAGCAAAAAUUAUGCAUAUAUAUACAUAGAAAUUUACAAACACACACAUAUAUACAUACAAACAUGCAUUUUAAUUGUAAUUAUAAUUAUAUUUAAUUAUUAAUAUAUAUAUGUAUUUAAGCUAACCGUUAAUUGUGUUGAAGCAUAUACAUACUAUGUUAUAUUAUAUAUACAUACAUACAAACAUAUGAACAUAAAGAAUUACCAUAUAUACCUUUUAUUAAGUAAACAAAAGCAAAUUAAGAUUAAAACAAAAAAAAAACAAACAAAUUUAAGCUGAUGAAAUGCCGCCUAUGUUGUAUUCUUGUGUAAAGUGUUGUAGUUAAUUAAGUGUUUGCUUUUAAUUAAAAUUAUUGUAUUUUUUAAUUGUUUAAAUGUCUGUCAUUACUUACAUACAUAGAAAUACAUAGUACAUGUGCAUACCUACAUACAUAAAAUACAUACUAAAUACAUACUAAAUACAU